UCUUUCCAUAGGCCAUUUUGCAACCUGUGUUGGCAGCAGAAGAUUUUACUAUCUUUAAAGCAAUGAUGGUCCAGAAAAACAUUGAAAUGCAGCUGCAAGCCAUUCGAAUAAUUCAAGAGAGAAAUGGUGUAUUACCUGACUGCCUAACAGAUGGUUCUGAUAUGGUCAGUGACCUUGAACAGGAAGAGAUGAAAAUCCUGAGGGAAGUUCUUAGAAAAUCAAAAGAGGAAUAUGACCAGGAGGAAGAAAGGAAGAGAAAAAAGCAGGUGCCCACAGAACAUAUUAAUAUAACAGAA